GUUCGUCUUUUUACAAAUAAGAAAUAGAAAGGAGAAGCCUUGAGAGAGGAUAAGGCUUCAAAAGAUCUUCAUUAAAAGCAAGAAAAGCAAGCCUUGUGUGGAAGAUCUCAUCUAUUUUGUUCGCUGGCUGUCUAGCUUCACAUGGUCACGUGUCGUGAGGGCAGCACAGUAAAAAGACGCCUACUCAGCGGGUUCAAGCAUACAGAGCUACUUUAAGCAACAUGAGUCUACGCUCAGGAAGAAAUUAUCUAAAAGACUACGCUGCUGAAGAGCUAGACGAAGCAGCCGGUGGUGAACAGCAACCAGACAUCGCCACUCAAUCAGCUACAAUGCAGCAACAGUCUCAGCCAUUCGACACCAAGUCGCAGAAAUCCAGAACAUCGACAAGGCGGUCUCAACGGACAUCCUCAUCAACAGCUUCUGCAGCUGCAAGGGCCUACGCCAAAGCUCAAGCAGCACGAGCUCAACUGGCCUUCGCUGAAAAGGAAGCCAAUGCAAUGAAACAGAGAGCGGAACUGGAUGCUCAUCUACAUGUCCUCCAGUGCCAAAAAGCAAUAGCCGCAGCUGAAGCAGAGGCCUCAGCCUAUGAAGAAGCAGAGAUUCAGAGCGGGGAGCUCUAUGGAGAACUUUGUGAGGAAGUUGAGCCCAUCAGUACAGUGCACCACACUAACGAAUAUGUUCAACAACAACAUGAGUUACUCUACCCAGACACUCAGCACGACCCAGCACAGCCUCCUAAAGGGAAUGACAAUGAAGUAGAUGUACAAGACAGUACACAAAUAACUAAUCCGUUUAUAACCAACUCUCAGAUGAAACCACCACCUGUAAACAGAGAAAGGAAACAGGAGCAAACAGUGAACACAUGUGUAGUCGACACGUACUGGUCCAACUCCACAAAGCACACCCCCAACCUUAACAACUGCUUACCUGAAGCAAGUGAAACACAACAGUUUGCAAAAUAUCUAAUUCGCAAAGAACUAGUCAGCACAGGUCUUUUGCAAUUUGAUGACAAACCUGAAAACUAUUGGGCAUGGAAAACCUCAUUCAUCAGCGCAACCAAAGACUUAAAUCUGUCUCCAAGAGAGGAAUUAGACUUGCUAACGAAAUGGUUGGGUCCAACAUCAUCCGAACAGGCUAAGCGGAUUCGUGCUGUGCACACCCUCAAUCCUGCUGCAGGUGCGAAGAUGGUCUGGCAACGCCUUGGAGAGUGCUACGGCUCACCGGAGGCUAUUGAGGACGCACUCUUAAAAAAGGUAGAGGACUUUCCUAAACUAACAAAUAAAGACAAUGUUAAGCUGCAAGAACUUAGUGACAUCUUAUUGGAGCUACAGUGUGCUAAACAAGAUGGCGCACUCCCAGGACUUGCUUACCUCGACACAGCCAGAGGAGUCAGGCAAAUAGUGGAUAAACUUCCCUUCAACCUACAGGAAAGGUGGACAACUGUAGGAACACAGUACAAGGAGACUCAUAGUGUGUCAUUUCCUCCUUUCUCAGUUUUCACACAAUUUGUCCAACGGCAAGCGAAAAUGAGGAAUGACCCAAGCUUUGCUAUGUCCAAGGCCAACACCCACGUCCCUUCUCUCACAGAAAAACUGAGGUCAUAUAGUCGCAAACCUACUGUGUCAGCACACAAAAUGGACAUUAUGGCAGAGCCCGACCAGAAUAAUCUCAGUCCAAAGAACAUGGAGGAACCAGAUCGCCAGUGCCCGAUCCACAAAAAACCACAUCCACUCAAAAAGUGUAAACUUUUUAGAGACAAACCCAUUGAAGAAAGACAAGCCUAUCUCAAAGAGCAUCACAUCUGCUACAGAUGCUGUGGGUCUGUCCAACACAUUGCAAAAAACUGUAAAGCAGUGGUUAAGUGUAUCGAGUGUGACAGCCUUAAACACUUAUCUGCAAUGCAUCGUGGUCCUACUCCUGCCUCUAAGAGUACUACACCAGGAAACAAUGACAAUGAAGAGCAAACUGAGAGCUCACCUUCAGUCGAGUCGAAGUGCACAGAGGUAUGUGGCCAAAGUGAUAGCCCACGUUCAUGUUCUAAGAUCAGUUUAGUCAAAGUGUAUCCCGCAGGCCAAAAAGAGAGAGCUAUAAAAAUGUAUGCAGUAAUAGAUGAUCAGUCCAACAGGUCACUGGCUAAGUCAGAGUUUUUCAGCCUUUUCGAUAUCAAUGCCAGACCCACUCCAUACACCUUAAAGACUUGCUCUGGCAGAGAACAAACCUCAGACAAUAGAUCUGAAAUACCCUCUCCAGAGAUUGCCCAGCAUCACCCACAUCUUCUUCCAGUCGCCGAUAACAUCCCACCUGUUGACCACCACGCCCCAAUCCUUUUACUCCUAGGACGAGACGUCAUCAGGGUCCAUAAGGUACGUGAGCAAAUCAACGGACCCAACAAUGCACCAUACGCCCAAAAGCUAGACCUGGGUUGGGUUAUUGUGGGGGAGGUGUGUUUAGGAAAAGCGCACAGUCAGUCAGAGGUCAAUGUCUACAAAACACACACCUUAGAUAAUGGACGUGCAUCCUAUUUUGAGCCUUGCCCAAACACAAUUCACGUUAAAGAGAAUUAUGGGGUCACUAUGAAUGCUACCUGCGUCACAGAUGAUUUGGGACACUCUGUGUUCGUUAGAUCUGAGAGUGAUAACAAACAAGCCAUGUCUAUCGACGACAAGGCAUUCCUGACAAUAAUGGACAAUGAAGUUUAUCAAAACCAAGAGAACCGUUGGGUUGCACCUUUACCCUUUCGCUCACCGAGAAGGAGGCUCCCUGACAACAGAGAACAAGCCCUAAAACACCUCUGCUCUCUCCGAAAGACUUUGGAAAAGAAACCAGAAACGAAAGAUCACUACAUCCAAUUCAUGCAGAAAAUGUUGGAUAACAAUCAAGCUGACCAAGCCACUCGGUUCAUUCCAGCACCAGACCUGCAGAACAGUACCUGGUUCUCAGGUCCACCCUUUCUGUACUCUGACACACACACAGAACCACACACUGGUCCUUUCACGCUCAUCGAACCUGAAAAAGACAGAUACGUCCAGAAAUAA